AAUAUCUGAAUAUUUCUAGUUGCAAAGAAUUUUCUGAAAUAGCGAUUUGGAAUGUUAUUCAUUCUUGUCUGAGGAUUCAAGAGUUCGUUAUUUACGAAUGUAAAAUAUCCAAUAGAACUAUCAAGGAAAUUGAAUUAUAUCUUAAAAUAAAAUAUAUUAAUCCAG